GAAAUACUUAUUUAUUUUGACCAGCAAGACUUGGAAGAGAACCUACUCUUUGUUUACUCCAUGUCCAUAUUUGAGAUUUUGAGUGUAUCAAACAAACAUUACCAAAUUUCAGAAAUUCAAAAACUAUAUAUUCUGAAAUGUGAUAAAUCUUUUUAAAUCCUCCACCAAUCUCCACACACACACACACGCACGGAUUUUCUUUAAUUUCUAAUCAAACACCUCUCCUCUUCUCUCGCCAAAGCUGAAAGAGAAGAGAGAGAGAGAGAGAGAGAAUGGAAUUAGAACAAGUUCAUCGAACCAGAUGGGAUGGGUAUGUGGAUUGGAGAAACAGACCUGCAAUCAGAGGCACUCAUGGUGGCAUGCUUGCUGCUUCCUUUGUUCUGGUUGUGGAGGUAUUGGAGAAUCUGGCGUUUCUAGCAAAUGGAAGCAACUUGGUGAUAUACUUAUCGGAUUACAUGCACUUUUCUCCCUCAAAGUCUGCAAAUGAUGUCACCAAUUUCAUGGGGACAUCGUUCCUUUUGGCACUUGUUGGUGGCUUCUUCUCUGAUGCUUUCUUCACCACUUAUCACAUCUACCUGAUCAGUGCACUUGUCCAAUUCCUGGGCCUGGUUAUACUCACUGUGCAAGCUCGAGAACCAUCUCUGAAGCCGCCGAAAUGUAGCCCAGGAAGCUCAAGUAUUCCAUGCCAAGAGGUUCAUGGUGAAAAAGCUGCAAUGCUAUUCUUGGGUCUCUAUCUGGUGGCACUGGGCGUCGGGGGGAUAAAAGGUUCGUUGCCACCGCACGGAGCCGAGCAGUUUGAUGGGAGUACUCUUCAAGGGAGGACGCAGAGGUCAACAUUCUUCAAUUACUUUGUCUUCUGUUUGUCGUUCGGAGCCCUAAUCGCAGUGACAUUGGUGGUGUGGAUUGAAGACAAUAAGGGUUGGGAGUGGGGUUUUGGUAUCUCCACUCUUGUAAUUUUCUUGUCUAUCCCAAUCUUCCUUGCUGGCUCUACCUCUUACAAGAUAAAAUUACCUUCUGGAAGUCCACUUACAACCAUCUUCAAGGUUUUGGUGGCUGCUUCAGUGAAUACAUAUGCCAUUGCAAACAUGUCCAUAAGCCCCUCUUCUCCAUCUCAAAGAAGCCAAACAACAAUAGAAGAGCCAGCAAAAGCAAUUGAGACAACCGAGCUUCCAUCAAAGAGUCUCAAGUUUCUCAACAAAGCUGUAGCAAGCAAACCACUCCAUCCCUCACUAGCAUGUACAGCACAGCAAGUCGAAGAGGUGAAGAUUGUACUAAAAAUCCUCCCAAUCUUUGCUUGCACAAUCAUGCUCAAUUGCUGCCUUGCUCAACUCUCCACAUUUUCAGUCCAACAGGCUGCUACCAUGGACACUAACCUCGGUUCCUUGAAAGUCCCACCGGCUUCACUCCCUGUAUUUCCUGUACUCUUCAUCAUGAUCUUAGCCCCAAUUUACGACCAUCUCAUCAUCCCUUUUGCUCGGAGAGUUACCAAAUCCGAAAUGGGAAUCUCUCAUCUGCAAAGAAUUGGGAUUGGUCUAGUCCUGUCAAUAAUAGCAAUGGCAGUGGCAGCUCUUGUUGAGAUUAAGCGAAAAAGAGUGGCGACAAAUCGAGGACAACUUGAUGAAACCAAUCCACUACCAAUUACAUUCUUUUGGGUAGCAUUUCAGUACUCGUUCUUGGGAUCAGCUGAUUUGUUCAGCUUAGCUGGAUUGUUGGAAUUUUUCUUUACAGAGGCACCAGCAAGCAUGAGAUCAUUAGCGACAUCUCUUUCGUUCGCAUCGUUGGCGAUGGGGUACUACCUUAGCUCGGUGAUUGUGUCGAUUAUUAACGACAUUUCUGGUAAUUCAAGGCACAAACCAUGGCUCUCUGGUACUAACUUGAAUCAGUAUCACCUCGAAAGAUUCUACUGGCUCAUGUGUGUGCUCAGUGUAUUGAAUUUCUUGCACUAUCUCUUCUGGGCUUUGCGGUACAAAUACAGGUCAUCACCAACAGCCCACAAUUAAAAUAUGUAUACACAUAUAGAUGAAUUGGGUGCUACAUCGUACUUCAACAAGUAGUCACAUUAAGUAAGCAUGUUGUAGUGGUUCUAAGCGGAAAUCGAAAACUUACUGAUUUCCUGAUCGGUACGAAUAUACGGGAUUGGUUUUCGACUUGAUUACUAGAACCAAGUACAAUUCCACUGUACGAACUUUUUUUUUUUUGUUUGUAAACUUUGAUUCUCCAAAAUCAGAAGGUAUGGA